UUCAAGCAUUGAAGCAUGUUGAAAGCCUCCCCUCUUCCUCCUCCACAUUGCCCCUUAUGCAACAGUGUUUUUGUCUAAGCCCCCGGGAGGCAUAUGCCCCAGCAGUAGAGGUGUUCUGCUCUAUCUGUACUGUACGAUCGUCCUCAGUGUCUGCUCCAUCUCUCUCUACCUCUCUCUAUGGCUGUUCAGCUGGUUGUAGCUCUCCUGGCUCUAGCCUCUCUGAGUGCUGCAUCUGCACCGGACUGUAAAGAACUGGUCAAACCCCUGGUACUGGAGGACCAUACCGAGCUCUAUGGCAAAUGGGUGUAUGUGAUGGGGUCUGCGGAUCAUUUAUUCUUCCAAAAUGCUUUGGGGACUCUGAAAAGCUCCUGGAUAGACCUGUCGGCUACAUCGGACCAUAAAGUAGUCACCCUAAGAUGGGGAGACCGCAUUGAUGGCAAAUGCAUCGUGGGUACAACACAUGCUACCAUCUCCGGCACCACUUCCACAGUACACAUUCAUUUGUCUGAACACAAAGGCCAGUACCUGGAGACCUGCCCUGACUGCCUGCUUUGGUCAGACACAUCUCGUAAUGGAGAUGUCACUGGCAGAUACCUGCUCCUGUUCACAAGGACAGGGAAAAUGGAUGACACAUACCUGGACACCUAUAAGAAACAGGCAGAGUGUCUGAACUUCCCAGAGAAACACCAGACCUACGAUGGAAUAACAGAGCUGUGCCCUGAUGACAAGGAGGAGAAGAAGGUGGUGGAGGAGAAGGUGGUGGUGGAAGAGGAGAUUAUGGAGGAGAUUAUGGAGGAGAAGCAGGCUACGGAGGAGGAGAAGAUUACGGAGGAAGAGAAGGCUACGGAGGAGGAGAAGGCUACAGCGGAGGAGAAGGCUACAGCGGAGGAGAAGGCUACAGCGGAGGAGAAGGCUACAGCGGAGGAGAAGGCUACAGCGGAGGAGAAGGCUACAGCGGAGGAGAAGGCUACAGCGGAGGAGAAGGCUACAGCGGAGGAGAAGGCUACAGCGGAGGAGAAGGCUACAGCGGAGGAGAAGGCUACAGCGGAGGAGAAGGCUACAGAGGAGGAGAAGGCAACAAAGUGAAUAAGAGAACCAGAUCCUCACCGUGUUGCCCAACAAAACCUCCCUUUAGUGGAACUUUGAUCCCAUAACCACUAACCAAAUACCACUUGUACUUCCAUGCACUUUAAACCAUGUCUUACAUACUCAUGACACGUUCUAGGUGCUGUAUUGUUAGAAAAUGCUAAAGUUUUUACCAUGAACUGUGUCUUUUUACUGUUUAUUUGAUAACAGUUCAAGGUAUCUUAAAUAACAAAAUAUGACUGUUCAAACAAAGACAUUUAAAUAAACACAUUCAACCUUGUAA